AUGGAACCAUUUUCCGGAAAUACAUUAUCGAUUCUUGUACUUAUAAGUGCUAUAUUAGCAGGUAUAGCAUUUAUAACAGUUUCUUUUCUUAUUAUUUAUUUAUUAUGUAUGCGAUAUCGUCGUUCAAAUACUAUUAGCCCUACAGAUACUCGUUCAAGGACAUCAUCUGCUUCAUCUGAUAGUCGAACAUUAUCUGUAUCCUCCAUAUCUUCAUCAGUAUCAUCAGUAUUAUCAACAACUUUACCAAUUCCAGUAAAAAGUCCAGUGAUCAAAUCUCCUAAAAGAAAAGUUCAACAACAACAACAACAACCACCGCCACCACCACAAAUACGAAAACAUCAUUCUGAUUCAAUUACUACUAUUGAUGAAUAUUCAUCUGAUAAUCAAAAUAGACAUCAAUCAGUAUAUAAGCAUAAUGAAAAUAACGAGACGAUAGUACAAAAUGAAAAUCGAAUAUAUAAUCAACGUCAUCGACAAAGACGAGAACAAUCGUCACAACCAACAACAAAUGUUCAGUUUAAUGAUCGACAUACACCGUAUCCACCUGAUGUUCUUGCACGUGAACGAGUUAUGAUGAAUUAUCUUCAUAUUCCAAAAGCGAAUGGUUUUAUUCUAUAA